UUAACCUAACCUAUAUUCAAGGAAAUGUUAGGUUACGAAUUAGAAUUUGUGUAAAAUACGAAAGUAAUCCAUUUUUUUAAUAUUAACCCAAAAUUAUGGUACUGAUAAAUAUUCAGACCACAUUAAGAUUAGGAAUAAAGCAUUGUAACCCCUUAUUAAUAAUUCAAGCUGAAAAACUACAUACUUCCCCAUCAAACUCAGCUUGGCACAAUGAUAGUAAACCUAAAAAGUUUUUAAAAUAUAAUAAAGAGGUUUAUCCCCCUCAGUCUCCUGAAGAAGAACCGAGACCAGCUUUUGUAUGUCAUCAACGAACAAACAUCAAGUACAGUCCAUGGAAGAUGUGGUACAUAGCCUCUUUUAUAAGAGGAAUGCCGGUUGAUGAAGCAAUUAAACAACUUAAGUUUGUUACAAAAAAAGGAGCCAAAGACGUAAGAGAAACUAUAGAGGAGGCAAAGGAACUGGCUGUUAAGGAGCAUAAUGUCGAAUUCCCUAGCAAUAUGUGGGUUGCCGAGUCAUUUGUUAGUAAAGGGCAUGUUGUAAAAGGCAUACGAAGGCACGCCCGAGCUAGAUUUGGAGUCGUUGAAUACUUCCAUUGCCAUUACUUUGUAAGAUUGGAAGAAGGAAAACCUCCCAAACAUUAUUAUUUGCCGGCCCCUCAGCAGCCUCACGAGCAAUUACAAGACUGGCUCGCAAACAUGAGAAAGAGGAAAAUCACAAACUCAUAAAUUACCUUCAAAUUUUUAUUUUUAAUAAUAAAAUAACUUAACAAAUAAGAGCAACAUCAACGUUAAUAAUAAAUUAUUAAA